AUGACACCUGUAGAGUUCUACCCAGACAUGAGUCAAAAGUUGGCAUUUUCAACAGAACCCAUGGGACUGCAGUGUAAUAACUCAGGACAGUUUGUGAAACUGUUGCUGGAAGCACCACAUUCCACAGUCAUAAAAAGCAAGGAAUAUGGUUUACACUCACAUUAUAGUUUAGGCCAAGAUACUGUGAAAAGGCAGUUGAUAACCAAGAUUUUUAUGCCUCUCUCCUUUCUGUGGAUUAUGCAUGUAAUGCCACCUACAAGCAGAAAAUCACAGACUGAAAUAAAUCCCUCAAAAUCAGUCCUCUGUGAUGAGGAAUGUCAUCUACAUUAUUUAAAAAAUGGAAAUAUUAACCAUAUUUCAUGUGCGGAUUGUAAUGACAACCUACAGGAGGCAUCAACCCAAGAAUAUGCUGUACUGUUAUCACAAGAUGAACCCCCUGUGCAGUGGCAUUCUUCUUCAGACUCUAAUGCUGAUGCUCUGGGAAACAACAUACAACAGGCUUCUUAUGGAACCAGAUCCAAGAUGAAAGAAGUGGAUAUGCACUCUUCAUAUCUGCAGAUCUUCAGUGGACACCAAGACAAUAAUUUGGAUGCUUCUCCUGUAUGUUGCUGUGAAUCACACACAGAAAUACAGUAUGCAAAAACACAUACUAAUAUGCACUGCUCAGGGCUUAAUAUAUAUAAACACCAAGAAGAACCUACUUGUAAUGACCAAGAAGGAACCUUUCUGCAAUUGAAGAACGUUGAAAAUUUGUGUCACUUUUUAGAUCUGCCCAACAGAGAUCACGAGAAAGAAUUUUCUCAAGUAUGUGACAAUGCUGUUGGAAAUAGUAGCAAUAAUUUAAAAACUGUAGUAAUAUUUCAAUCUUCUGAAUGCUCCCUAUAUGACAAUGCUGCUUGCCUUCAGAUCAACAAACACAAGAAUCCUGGAACUGCUUCAGGAGUUUGCAGUGUGGAACAAUCAGAAAAUAUAAAUUCUAAUUUGGAAGACACACCGUUUGACAUCUCAGUUCAAACAUCAGCAUCAAAUCUUACUGAAAUCAAUUUGAAGAUCUCAGAUGGUACUGCAAAAGGAAGAGUGGAAAAUAAUGUAAAUGGACAGGAAUAUCUACCACAAGGAAAACUAAAAGAUAUAAUAUCUUAUCUAGAUGAAAUAGAAUAUAGUAGUACAGAAGUAAAAGAUUUCAUUGGCCCAAGUCAGUGCACUUUCAGUGAAAGGCAGAAAGACAGAAUUUACCUCGAGGAAACUUUAAGGUAUAGGCAGACCAAGAAAAAGAUGGACAUCACAACUGGCAAAUGCCUAAUGCUUGAAAUGAAUAAUUAUAAAGCAAAAGAAGAGACAACAAGUAAAGAUGAAGCCAGAUUAACACAACAUGUGAAGACUCUAGAGCUGCAGUUGGAAGACCGUGACCGAUGUCUUUUACUGGCACGCCAAGCCAUAUCUCAGCAACAAGAGGCCCUGAAGCAAUCAAAACACAAAAUGGAGCUGAAGAUACGUUCUUGUAAAAAAGAUUAUGAAGAUGUUGUCCUACGUCAUCAGAAGUUCAUAGAUCAGCUUAUUGCAGAUAAAGAGGCCUUGAAUGAGAAAUGUAAAUCAAUAUUGCAAGAACUAAAAGUAGCUGAAUCAAGAUACACAUCAAAUCUAAAAGCUGCAGAAGAAAGACACUGCAUUGAUAUUAAAAAAGUACGUGAAAUGCAUGCAGCUGCAGAAAAAGUACGACGUGAGAAAUGGAUUGAGAUUAAAACUAAGAAAAUAAAGGAAAUGACUGUGAAAGGAUUAGAGCCAGAAUUGAAUCGUAUGUCAGAACAACAUGAAAAAGAGCUGUCAGAGCUCCGUGCACAGCAUGAGAAGGAAAUGUAUAAAGCCCAGCAGGAUGCUGCCCAGCAGCUCAGAGAGCAGGCCCAGCUGCUUCAAGAAGAGUCAAGGAGACGUCAGUUGGAAGAAACAGCACAUGAAGCUGCUAGAAUAAAGGCCAGGUAUGAAAAACAACUUGAAGAGCUGGAAGAAUUGCAACAACAACAAAGAAACAAAUUGCUUGCAGAGUUUUCCAAGGAGAAGGAAUUUUUUACCAAAGAAAGAAAGAAACAUAUGGACGAGUUGAGAAAGCUUAAAGAGAGCCUAAAUUCAGAAAAACUGGAAGAAAUAAAGCAGCUAGAAUGCAAGUGGAGUGAAUCUGUAAAACAGCUUGAAAUAAAGCAUCAGACAGAACUGCAAAUGGUGAGAGAAACAUUGGAAAUGCAGAAGGCUGCAUGGAUGCAUGACUGUGAAAAGAUGCAGAAAUUGUAUCUUCUGGAAAAGGAAACAGAGAUCAGAGAAGAAUAUAAGAGAAACCGAGAUAGAGAAAUUGAAAAAGCAAUUGAAAAACUGGAAGAAGACUGUGAAAGAAUGAAAUCAGAAACUGAAAAAGCAGCAGAAGCAAAGGCAUUGAGACUUAAGGAGCAGUAUGAAGCUGAUGUUAGAGAACUUGAAACUGUGAUUUCAACUCUGAGAAGUAAGUGUGAUGAUAUAAAAGAGAAGCUUGAUGAGAGAGAAGGUGAGCUUGCCCACCUUAACACAAGCAUCAGACAACUGCAAAAAGAGCUUUCAGAAUCUCAAAAGCUUAUUGAGCAGUUUUCAAGUGAAAGAGCUAAUGUCAAAGAGAUUAUUAGAAAAGAAUUUCUAUCACAAAUAAUUAUUCUGGAGGAAGAAAACAUUCAGUUAAGGGAACAAAUUGCUGAAAUGCGAGCAUAUCACCAAAUGGAAAUUUCUGCUAAAGAAAAGGAACUUAGGACUGCAGCUGCUGACAAAGAGCAUGAGUUUCAAGAAUUAUAUAAAAGGGUGAAAGCAGCAAUUGCAAAAAAGGAGAAAGCAAUUCAGCAACUUCAUUUGAAAUAUGAGGCAGCAUUAGAACAGUGUACUCAUCUUGAAGAUGUUUUAGAACAACAUCAGAGAGACCAUUUGUUUCAAUAGCUAAGCAUUAUUUUUCAUUUUGGUCAUUCCUAACAGUAUUUAAUUUAUUGACAUAGAUAAUUUUUA